AUGUUCAAUGAACGGCUUACUAAAUCGUUACUGCUGGUGGUCUCCUUUGCCUCGCUACUUUAUUUCGGAAUUUACUUCAUAGACGGAUGUAGCUUCUACUAUGAUCACCAGUACAGUAUAUGGACAUUUGGCGUGGAGCCAUGCAGCGAGAAGAUAUCGUUCUAUUUCGAUAUGUGCUACAAUGCCAGUCUUUUUGUAAUAAUUGCCGGCAUCGAUACGGUGGUAUUCAUGCGCUUGAGAGCACUGACCAAGAAAAUGAAGAGAGUCACUGCAGCCGAUCCAGAAGCACAAAAAAAACUGCUGCUUGAGAGGGACGCUCGGCUAUUCCUCCAGGUUCUUGUACGAAGAUACGGCGAAGAGAAAGUGGCUUUGGGUGUGGCAAAGUGGCUUCGGGUGUGGGUACAGCUCGGUUAG